CCCACGCGUCGAGGCGGGGAGUGGAGAGGGUGAGGCAAGCAGCAGGUGGGCUGCCGGGAUCGGUCACUCACCACCACUCACGCCGCCAGGAGGUGCUCUUGAGGACCUGCGGAGGGGCAGAGGGCGCAUCGAGGAGGUGUGCGUGGCUUGCGGAUCGGUGCCAGGCGUUGCGGCCAGCAAGCACCCCCUGGUGGAGGGUGCUGUCUGCGCCGACUGUAGGGGCUGCCUCCUGGAGACCUUCUUCUCAUGCCAGGACGACGGCACCUAUGACCACUGCGUCAUCUGUGGGAGGACCGGGCACCUCGUCGUCUGCGACGUGAGCUCAUGCAACAGGUGCUGGCAGCCUCUCCGUGGCGGUGCUACCUGUGCUCCGGGCGUGCGGUGGGGCUGCUGCACUGUCGGCCCGACUGGCAGCAGCGCCUCCUGGAGCUCUUCCGGCCUCCGGGGCCCCGCUGCCCGCCACCCCCCGUGCCGCUGGAGGAGGAGCGCAGGCCCAUCAGAGUGCUCUCUCUUUUCGACGGCAUCGGCACAGGAAGGUUUGUCCUGGAUCAGAUUGGCAUUGCAGUGGAGGCGUACUUCGCCAGCGAGGUGGAUCAAGGUGCCAUUAACGUGGGCAUCACCCAGCAUGGCACCGGCAUCAGCUACCUGGGCCCUGUGGAAAGUGUGACGGAUGCGCAGAUCCAGGCACUGUGCCCCGUGGACCUGCUUCUGGCAGGGUCCCCUUGCAACGACCUGUCCCUGGUGAACCCUGCCAGGAAGGGCCUCUACGGUCAGUGCUGCUUCCCUGUGCCGCUCUGGCCUCCGAAGCACUGCAGCGGCAGCGGCGCUUUGUUCUUCGACUUCCACCGCCUCCUCCGAGCAGUCCAACUGGCCAACAGGGGCCACCACCUGUUCUGGGUGUACGAGAACGUUGCAGCAAUGCCUCGCGACUGCAAGAGGACCAUCUCUCGCUUCCUUGAGUGCGAGCCAACGCUCCUCGACGCACGAUUCUUCUCGGCGCAAGUUCGGGCCCGCUACUUCUGGGGCAACGUUCCGGGCAUGUACUCAGCCCUGCCUCCUUGCAUCCUGGAGCGGAGCGUCGACCUGUCUUCGGUGCUGAACCCCCUGCUGAACAGGAAGGCGCUGGUGGAGAAAAUCCGCACGGUGACCACACGGAGCAACUCUCUGAGGCAGGGCAAGCAAGGCAUGCUGCCGAUCCAAGUCGGGGAACGGGGAGCCGACGUGCUCUGGAUCACCGAGCUAGAGCGGGUGUUCGGCUUCCCGAGCCACUACACGGACGUGGGGAAUCUGUCGCUGGGCAGGCGUCAGCAGCUGCUGGGCCGAGCCUGGAGCGUGCCCGUCGUCUGCCACCUGCUGGGGCCCUUGAAAGACUUCUUCCGGGCAGGGGAGCGCCGCCCACCCACACAAGAGUGUUGAGCCCCCGGCGCAGACAACGGUUUUGAACCUGAACCUCGGUGGCGUAUUCGGAAAAGCUUGCGGAGUACGUCAACGGGCCAAUUUUGGUGGAGAAAGAGGAGGGGGGGGGGGGUUCUUAGAGGGCUAAGGUAAACACGCCUUAGCAAUUAACUCUCUUUUUUAGCCUUUAGUCGGCUCCCAGACUUGCUUACGCUUGUUGAGUAUGCAAAUCUGGGAGCGGACUAAAGGCUGGUGCACAAAUCACCGAGGCACGUUUACCUAGGUUUCAGUCCCCCCUUGCCUCUGUUCCCCCAGGUAAGCCAGGUGAUCGACGUGCAUGAAAACGUGCUGGUCAGAGUGCCGUCGAUUCGCUCCACAAGCAUUUCUGAAUAUGCUUCCCAGGGCCCGCGGUUGCCUCUCGACGUGCUUCGCAGGAAAGUGGCGAUGCGGGCGACUGCUACGAGAGAUAAAGUGCACGAGAUCAGAGCCCCAGUCUCUACUGCAAACUUGCACGUGAUGAAGCUUCUCGUAACUUUCGUUUAUAAUGUACCUAUAUCACAGUACCAUUCAUUUUGGGCCCAGAGAUUGCAACGCGAAGGAUUACGUUGCUACUUCCAAACUGCCCUGCUGUUUUUGAAAGUGCAAACAUACUUAUACGUACAAGUGAUGUACUUUUGAAGACUAGUAACCAAACGUAACAUUCCAACGCGUUUUGUGGCUCGGAACGCAUCGCUCCAUUCCUGGUCUAGUAGAAGCAUGUUUCUUUGGAGCCUUAAUGGAUGCACAAAACAGCACCAUUGUCACCCAAAGUAUGACAGCAUACAUAGAACCAGCUCAUAUCCCCGACAACCUAAUAAAGUCAUUUCUGUU